AUGGAUUCAAGCAGCAGCAGCAGUGCCAGCGGCAGCAGCGCCAGCAGCAGCAGCAAAACCUCUGUGACUAAAUUGCCACAGAAAGAAACCAGCUGUGUGGUGAUUGACUCAGACUCUGACUCCCUCUCUGAGGAAAAGAGAUCUAAGAUCUGUGAAAUAAGCAGUGAAGAUGAGUCUUCUGACAAGUCUUCUUCUGAUGAGUCUUCUAACGUUAAGGGCUCCAGCGAUCAGAAGUCUCAAGUAAUUGUUAUCGAUGAUGAAGAUGACAGUCCCAAUUUAAAGGGUUCUGAGCAGAAAAAAGAUGUUUCUAGUGAUGAGUGCCAAAUGCCUGUUCUCGAAAAAGAAAUUGAUUGUAUUGUUCUUGGGGCUACUUCAUCUGCUGAUGUUUGUGAAAUAGGAGCCCCUGGAAAAAGUUCCAAACAACCACCACUGGAGCCUGAGCCCGAGCCAGAGCAGGAUCCAGAGCCUGAGCCCGAGCGGGAGCCUGAGCCUGAGCCAGAGCGGGAGCCUGAGCCCGAGCCAGAGCGGGAUCCCGAGCCUGAGCCUGAGCCUGAGCCCGAGCCAGAGCCUGAGCCUGAGCCCGAGCCAGAGCCAGAGCCAGAGGGGGAUCUCGAGCCAGAGGGGGAUCCCGAGCCAGAGGGGGAUCUCAAGCCAGAGGGGGAUCUUGAGCCAGAGGGGGAUCUCGAGCCAGAGGGGGAUCUCGAGCCAGAGGGGGAUCUUGAGCCAGAGCGGGAUCCCGAGCCUGGGCCCGAACCUGGGCCUGAGCCGGGGCCCGAGCCAGAGCCCGAGCCGGAGCCCGAGCCGGAGCCAGAGCCCGAGCUGGAGCCAGAGCUCCAGCAAAGUGUUACAGCCCAAGAGUCCAAGGAGAGAAAGGUGGCUGCUCUGCUGGCACAACAAAGGAGAAAGAAAAGAAAGAAUAGAUUUAUAUGCAUGGCUCCACCUAAAUCACGUAGGAAACGACGUCGGGUAGUCUCACAGGAUGUGCCCAGCCUGCCAAGUGCCUCUGCAGAGUCUAGUGCCCCUGAUGAUCCCACAUCAUCAGACCAACCUGCCAAAUGCAUGCCAUUAAAGAAACGCAGAGGCAAAAGGGCACGUACACACGAGUAAAAAGGAUCUUUCUGCAAAUGGGGCUGGGGGCUCCCAUGUCCAUCUUAUGCUCCAAUAUGUUAGCAUUUACAAUUCAAUCCCCAUGGAGUGCUUUUUCUCUGAAUUCCUGUCCCUAUGAUAUCUUGGGUUAUCAUCCUAGACAUGCCCCCACGACUCGAAUUGUCAAGUCCUCUAUGCAGCCACAAGUUAGAGUAACUCCUCCUUCCUGCGUUCCCAGUUUUAGAGUUUUUCUUGUGUUGUAACAUGCUGUCAAAUUUGUCCUCUUGGUAGUUUGUUCAUAAGAGGACUCUUAAUGAUUUAUUC